UGUCACUGUCUUCUCUUGCCUGCUAAAAUGGAUGAACCAACCAUGAUGACAAUGCCAUCUCACACAUAUAUCGUUUUCUAUUGCCCAAACUAGGAUCCAUUUAUUAUCAUUCUUACCCAUCAACAAGACUUUUUGCUAUAUUUUUCCACCCCAUCAAGCUUUGCUUGCUGUGUUGCAGAAUUCUACAACUUUUGAUUCUGUGCUUCUAAGGAUUCAAAGCUUAUCUUAUAAUUUGAAUGUCAACAGCAAUCCCACUAGAGGCCAUUCAUACUUGACUUGUUUUCCAGGCACGAAGAUGUUGCAGCUGAGAACUUGUGAAUGUGUUUUUGUGCUGUCAUAUUGUUACUUGGUGCUACUCACGGUUGCUCAAGUUUCAAGUCCCUCAGAAGUUACUGCAUUGCUAGCAGUCAAGAACAGUUUGAUUGAUCCUAUGAAGCAUCUCAGUAAUUGGAACAAGGGAGAUCCAUGUGCCUUCAAUUGGACUGGUGUUUUUUGUUCUGACUCAACUGGGACUGAUGGUUACUUGCAUGUUCAAGAGCUUCAGCUUAUGAAUAUGAAUCUUUCUGGAUCUUUAGCACCUGAGCUUGGCCAGCUUUCUCAACUGAAAAUAUUGGAUUUUAUGUGGAAUGAAUUGACUGGCAGCAUACCAAGAGAGAUAGGAAGUCUUUCAUCUUUGAAACUCCUGCUCUUGAAUGGAAACAAAUUAUCAGGCUCUUUACCUGAUGAGUUAGGCUAUUUAUCAAAACUAGAUAGACUUCAAGUAGAUCAGAACAACAUUUCAGGACCACUACCAAAAUCAUUUGCUAACAUGAGCAGUGUUAGACACCUCCACUUGAAUAACAACUCAAUCAGUGGUCAAAUUCCACCUGAGCUUUACAAACUAUCAACUCUCUUUCACUUGCUUUUGGAUAAUAAUAACUUAUCUGGAUAUCUUCCACCAGAACUAUCAAAGUUGACAGAGAUGCGGAUAAUUCAACUCGACAACAACAACUUUAACGGGUCGGGAAUUCCAGCUACUUAUGGCAACCUUUCCAGAUUAGCAAAACUAAGUCUCAGAAAUUGUAGCUUGCAUGGUGCUAUACCUGAUCUUAGCAGCAUACCAAACCUAUACUAUUUGGAUCUGAGUGAGAACAACCUUAGUGGAUCUAUACCUUCCAAACUUUCUGAUUCUAUGAGAACUAUUGAUUUGUCAGAGAACCAUCUUAGUGGAUCUAUACCUGGAAGUUUUUCAAAUCUUCCUUUUCUUCAGAGACUGUCACUUGAAAAUAAUCUGUUGAAUGGUUCUGUGCCAACUGACAUCUGGCAGAACAUGACCUUCACUACAAUUGAUCUUAGGAACAAUUCACUCUCGACCAUUUCAGGGGCAUUGAAUCCACCAGAUAAUGUCACCUUAAGGCUUGGAGGCAAUCCUAUUUGUAAAAGUGCAAACAUAGCCAACAUAACCCAGUUCUGUGGGUCUGAAGCUGGAGGAGAUAGGAAUGCUGAGAGGUCAAGGAAAUCUACGAUGACAUGUCCCGUUCAAGCAUGCCCAAUAGAUAAUUUCUUUGAAUAUGUCCCAGCUUCACCUCUACCAUGCUUUUGUGCCUCCCCUGUAAAAGUUGGAUAUAGACUUAAAAGCCCCAGUUUCUCUUAUUUUGAUCCAUAUGUUCUUCCAUUUGAGUUAUAUGUGACUAGUUCUCUUAACCUGAACCCUUAUCAACUCGCAAUCGAUUCCUAUUUCUGGGAAGAAGGCCCUCGUCUAAGGAUGCAUUUAAAUCUUUUUCCUCCAGCUAAUAAUAUGCACUCAAACACAUUUAAUGUAUCCGAGGUUCGGCGAAUAAGAGGUAUAUUCACAUCAUGGCAGUUUCCUGGUGACGAUUUCUUUGGACCGUAUGAACUUCUCAACUUCACUCUAGUGGGACCUUAUGCAGGGAUGCACUUCGACCGAAAAGGAAAGAGUAUCAGCAAAGGAGUUUUGGUAGCCAUUAUAUUAGGUGCUAUUGCCUGUGCCAUUGCAAUAUCUUCAGUUCUCACAUUUCUUAUUGCAGGAAGAUAUGCUAGAAACCUUAGAAAGCUGUCAAGAAGACAUUUAUCAUCCAAGGCAUCCAUGAAAAUUGAUGGUGUGAAAGGCUUCACUUUUAAGGAAAUGGCCCUGGCUACUGACAACUUCAACAGCUCAACUCAAGUUGGUCGAGGAGGUUAUGGAAAGGUUUAUAGAGGCAUUCUUUCUGAUAACUCAAUUGUGGCCAUAAAGCGUUCUGAAGAAGGAUCAUUACAAGGCCAAAAAGAAUUUUUGACUGAGAUUAAAUUGUUGUCGAGGUUGCAUCACAGAAAUCUAGUUUCACUGGUUGGAUAUUGUGAUGAAGAGGAGCAGAUGCUUGUGUACGAGUUCAUGCCAAAUGGUACCUUGCGGGACUGGCUUUCUGAUAAGGGUAAGGGAACUUUGAAAUUUGGUACAAGGUUAAGCAUUGCGUUGGGUUCAGCUAAGGGAAUCCUUUACCUCCAUACCGAAGCACAGCCUCCAGUAUUCCACCGGGAUAUCAAGGCCACUAACAUACUCCUGGACUCUGUACUUAAUGCUAAAGUUGCUGACUUUGGACUCUCACUUCUUGCUCCUGUGCUGGAUGAUGAAGGGAAUCUUCCUAAUCAUGUAUCAACAGUAGUAAGGGGAACUCCAGGAUACCUUGAUCCAGAAUAUUUUUUGACCCAUAAGUUGACGGACAAGAGUGAUGUCUAUAGCCUCGGGAUUGUGUUUUUGGAGCUCCUGACUGGCAUGCAGCCAAUAACACAUGGCAAAAACAUUGUUCGUGAGGUAAACAUGGCUUAUCAGUCAGGCAUUAUGUUCUCUAUCAUAGACAACAGAAUGGGUGCUUAUCCAUCUGAAUGUGUGGAGAGAUUUGUGGUUUUGGCACUCGAUUGUUGCCAUGACAAGCAAGACAAGCGGCCGUCAAUGCAAGAUGUGGUCAGGGAACUGCAAACCAUACUCAAAAUGAUGCCAGAAACUGAUGCCAUCUAUACAGAAUCCACUCCCACAUAUUCUGGCAAGUCAGCAUCAUCGUCUUCAUUUUACUCAAGCCGAGAUCCAUACGGGAGUUCAAGUCUUCUGGGAAGUGAUCUUACCAGCGGUGUUGUUCCCACCAUCACGCCUCACUAACAUUAAAGAAAGCCACAAUGAGCAGUUUAGUUAGGUGUAAAGCGGGGGUGUGAUGCCCUAUCUUAUGCAACACGAGACAAAGUGAAGAGGAUAGUUGCAGCUAUUGCAUGAAAGUUGUUGAUACAUUUCAUAGUUGAUAAGAGUUUUCAAAGAAUAGUUGAUACUCUCUGUUACUAAAUAAGGAAUCUUCCAUCAUGUGUACUUCCCCUGAAAUUAUUUUUUUUAACCACUUAAAUCAUUCACAUAAUAUUUACGUA